CCAACUCUCAUGUUGUUGUGGUUUUUUUGCAUCGUUGCGCCGUGCUGCCAGUACUGACACAGCCACGGGGGAGUGGAACUUUUGUUCUCCUGCCCAGAUUCUUGCUUGCUCACUGGUUUAUUUCUCUGUCCUUAGCGACGGCUCUGAAAAUGAACAUGAACCUGCGGGAACUUUACCUGGCUGAUAAUAAACUCAACAGCCUGCAAGACUCGGCUCAGCUGGGCAAUCUCUUGAAGUUCAACUGCUACAUACAGAUCCUGGACCUCAGGAACAACCAUGUCCUGGACUCAGGAUUGGCCUAUAUCUGUGAAGGGCUGAAAGAGCAGCGGAAAGGCCUGGUCACCCUCGUGCUGUGGAAUAACCAGUUGACUCACACCGGCAUGGCCUAUAUGGGGAUGACGCUGGUGAAAAGUUUCCUCGAGACGCAGAAGGCCCUCCUGACCGAGAUCCAGAACGGCUGCAAGCGGAACUUCGUCCUGGCCAAAGAGAAGGAAGAGAAGGAGCAGAAACUCCAGCAGUCGGCCUCCAUGCCCGAGAUCACAAUCACGGAACCUCUGGAGGAGGAAGAGGAGGAGGAGGAGCAGGCGGAAGAGGACGGGCAGAACGGGGACAUGGUGUCCAGUCUGGUGGAAGUGGACGAAGUUGCCAAAGCCUUGAUACCCCGCGAGAACGGAGCCGCGGAGCAGAGAACGGCCGCUGACGGUCACACCCUCUGCGAUUCUGAUUCAGACACCGAAGAGGAGGAAGAGGAGAAGGAGGAGGCGACAUCGCAAACAGAGACUUUCUCUCCAGCAGGACAACGCGGCAAGCCCAACCACACGGAAGGACCCCUCGGGGUGAGCUCUCCCGAAGCGGCCCGGGACCCCCUUGGCGCCGAAGACAAGAGCCACCCCUUGAACGCUGUGGAAGAAAUCAAAUGUGAAUUUCGAAUAGGAACCGAAAGCAGCACACCACUGCGGGUCAGUUCUCCGGGAAAUGAGAAGCGGAUAUCGGUUUCCAGUCCGGGCCGAGGCCACAAAAUCUUUGUGGUGACGCGGGUGGAGAGCUUGCCGGAGAAGGUGGAGGCGAGGGCAGCCCAGCAGAAGGCAGGGCCCGCAGCUCUGUCGGCACCUCCGUCGAGGCAGGCGGACUCCCUGCCCCCCGCUCAGCCCACAAAGACUGAAGGCAUGAAAGCAGAGACGGGUGAAACUGUGGCUGGACCCACAGCCGGCUUGGAAAGCCCGCCCCCCACGCCGAGUUCCCAUUCGGGCCCCGGCAAAAUGAACUCUGGGUCCUGUGAGGACGCUGCCCACCUUUCUCUGCUUCCUAACGGGGUAAAGACGGAGUUUCUUUGCGUGUUGCCAGACCCCCCUUUAGUAUACGAUGGGAAAAGAACCAGCUGCGCUGUGGAACAUG